CAAUUAUUUAUUUAAAUAUCAUUCAUGGAAGUUUAUUUGUGUCGUUUGAAUUGAAAGAAGGGUAUUCGAUAAUUUAUGUCUGUCAAUAAUCAUGCCUCCAAAAAAAAGAGCAAAUGGAUGUUCACAAGCUUCUCCAAAAACUUCUAAAAGAAAACCAGUAAUCCAGUCAAAUUUUACAAUACAAGAACUAUUCUCUAGACACCGGCCGACAAUAUCAAAUUCUCAAAAGUUAGUUGCCAGUGCUAAGUCCGAUGAAGACAGAUGCGACAUAUCCGAUGAUGAUUACAAUAUUGCAUUGAAACUACAAAGGGAAUUUGAUGAGGAAGUUGCCGAUUUGGAAGAUACUCGAAAAACGGAUGCCUUUAACAAUAAUACAGAUGUAUCAUAUUUACCAAAAGAUGAACCUCAAAAUGAGUCUUCAAGUACACUAAUGAAAGAAGCUAAUUCCACCGCAACUGAAAAUAUAACUAUGCCCAAUAUUAGUUAUCAAGAAACAUACUUUGUUGACAAAGACAUUUUUGAGCAAAAUCCUUUGCUUUAUGAAGAAUAUUGCCGUCAGAGAGUUUCUAUAAAGGGUGAAAGCGAUGCACCUUAUUCUUUUUUAGCAAACACGUUUGUUUUAAUAAGUAUGACAAGAUCCAGGAUUCGUAUAGUCACCCUUCUCACUAAUUGUAUUUUAUCGUUAUUACAUUUAGACAAAGAAUCGUUACUUUCUGCAGUAUGGCUUUCUACUAAUGACAUUGCACCUAGUUUUUAUGGAAAAAAUUUAGGAGUUGGACCGGCUAUGUAUUCUAAAGCGCUGAAGGAGGUUUGCGGAAUUUCUUCACAAUCACUUAAAAAUCUUUGGAAUCAUCAUGGCGAUCCUGGUGAUGUUGCUUUUGAGGCCAAGGUAUCUGUCCGUACAUUAUUUCAACCUCAGCCGUUGACUAUAAAAAAAGUAUACUCUACCUUAUUAAAAAUUGCUGAUUGCAUUGGUAACGGAGCUCAGAAUCGUAAACUUGAACUGACAAAAUUUCUUUUAAUAUCAGCUAAAUCGGAGGAAGUGCGAUACAUAGGAAGGAGCAUAAUGCAAAAUCUUAGAAUUGGAGCCGUACAAAAUACUAUGUUAACUGCUUUGAGUAAAGCCUUUGUUAUAUAUUCCGAUUAUGAAAGAAUAGUUAAAUUAGGCACAGAAGAUCUACAAAAUGAGUUUCAAAAAGCAGAAGAAGCAAUAAAACAGAGCUUUUAUCAAGUACCGGAUUACAACAUUCUUGUCCAGACGUUAUUGAGUACAGGGUUAAGGAGCUUAACCCAACGUAUGUCUAUAAGACCCGGUACUCCAGUGAAACCAAUGUUAGGUUCAAUUACGAAGGAUUUACAAGAAAUGUUACAAAAAAUGGGGGGCCACAAUUUUUGCUGUGAAUUCAAAUAUGAUGGCCAAAGAGCCCAGGUGCAUAAAUCUAGAUCAGGGGAAAUCAAAAUCUAUAGUCGUCAUCUUGAAGAAAUAAGUGAACGAUACCCCGAUGUUAUCGAUUCUUGUCAAAUUGCCCAAAAGAGUACUGCUGAUUACAUUAUUGAAGGUGAACUGGUAGCAAUCGAUCUUAGAACAGGACAAAUCCUUGAUUUUCAGACACUUUCCACGAGGGAGAGAAAAAAAGUCAACCUAAACGAAAUAACGGUUCAUGUUUGUUUUUUUAUUUUUGAUUUGAUGUACUAUGAAGGAGAGUCUUUGUUGCAAUGCCCUUUAUCGAUUAGAAGGAAUAAGAUUAAUGAAGCUUUUAACAUGGUUCCAAACCGAUUUCAGUUUGUCGCAUCUCUCGAAUCAAAAGAAGAAAGUGUUAUUCAGGAAUUUUUUAACCUGGCGAUUAGCAGCAAAUGCGAGGGAUUAAUGGUAAAAGUUUUAGAUGGAAUAGAUUCUAGGUUACCUUCGACGUAUGAGCCUGACAAAAGAGGCGAAGGGUGGAUAAAGGUAAAACAAGAUUACUCUGAAGAAUUUGAAUCUUUAGAUCUUGUACCGAUUGGUGCUUGGUAUGGUAAUGGAAGAAAGGCAGGAUGGUUCAGUCCUAUUCUUCUAGCCGUAUUUAACCCUGAAAAUGCAGUAUAUGAAGCCGUGUGCAAGUGUAUGUCUGGGUUCAGUGAUCAGUUCUACAAAGAGUUGACUGAUCGUUAUUCCCUUGAUUCGGGAAAUAGUAGCCUUGAACCUCUCUCUAGCAUCUAUGAGGUAGGCAAAGUCCAACCACAGAUUUUUUUCACUCCAAAGGAGGUUUGGGAAAUCAAGGGUGCGCAAAUUACUUCUUCUCCUGUUUACAAGGCAGCUAUUGGAUUAACUGAUGAAGAUCGAGGACUAUCAAUUCGAUUUCCACGUUUUAUCAAAAUUCGAUCGGAUAAAGGUCCUGAAGAUGCAUCUACAAAUACCAUGCUUGCAGAAAUGUUUACUAAACAAAAUCAAUGAGUAUAUGAAAAGACAUGAUAAUUCUAUUAAUGAUGUUACAUGAUAUAAUUAUUUUUAAUAAAUAACUUAGUAGUUAUCGGGAUCACCCAAACUAGGGAUCGCACCGAUAUAAGCAUGCCAAAGAUAAGUGUAAGUAAUUUUUUUAUAACGC